CGUAGAACUCCCAUUGAUUGAUCUUCACUACACUCCCCGCUGACCAGAGAAAACAGACGACAGCGAGAGCGAGAGGGGAUUUAAAUCGGACACUUUGCGUUCACGUUAAAUGACGGAAAAGGUAGCUGUAUGCUUUGCUUUUGUAGCCUGUAAUAAUCCAUCGAUGAAACGGUCUUCAUACUAGCGACACUCGCCUACGUAGCUAGCUUGUAAUGUCGGCACUGUUGGACUUGUUUUCCUGCGUUAUCCCGCUUCCUGUUAGCCCGAGCUCGGAGCAACAUCUAAAAUAUGCUAAUUGAGAAGCAAGAACCCAACGCACAGGGGUGUAACUUCGGAAAGGAUCCUAUAAGUCUGUGGUUUCUUCAUAGUAAAACAUAAUGUUAAUAACUUUGCUUAAAGAGCUUUUGAGCAGCUGGUCGUUUAGUACGCUAUCACCGAGAGCUAGCCAUCUUGCUUGUUGAAUUCAUGCAUUAAAACUUGGCAAAGAAUAGCUUUGAAUGCGUUGAACAGUGCAUCUUAAGUUUGUGAUUGUAAUGUGUAUGUUUUGCGUUGGGUUAUAAAAAUAAUUUGUUUAACGAGGGUAGAUCAAAAUAGUUAGAAGUUUUGAUCAAUCAACACGAUUAAUCUUAAUGGAUUAGAUCACGAAAACAAAUAUUUCUGCAUGUUUAAAUACUUAAAAUCUCACCGUACUGUCUCUUUAUAUGCAUGUGCAACACGAAGGUGUAAAAUAGAUUAAAUUUAUAUGGUGUAGCAGCAAAGAGAGCCUUUGAAGUGGACGGACUGGUGCAGAAGGUGUAUGUGCUGCUUUUAAGAAACGAACGUAUUUGCUAAAUGAACCCGCCCUCUGUAACUAGCCAUCCGAGGUAACUAGGAGGAUAGGGAGCCGAGGAGGAGAGCUGGUCCUGCCCGUGUUAGAAGGCUCAUCUUCCCAGAUCACCUCCCCGCGCCUCCGCCCUGUUCCCGACCAUGGACCCCCCUAGGACUCGGUCUCGUUCCCGCUCAGGCUUCUAUCACUUCGGUUUGAACGGAGGAGUGAACAGCGGUGGGAACUCUGCUGGGAAUGGGCUAAUGAGCGCCAGCGGAGGAGGACUGAACUACCCGCAGCAGACCAACCCCGGCUGGGCGUCUCAUCACCAUGGUGGUCGCAGUCACCCGGAAAGCCUGCAGCACACACAGGGGGGCUACCUGUCAUCAGGAGCACCGCGCCACUCAGCUCAUGGACCCCACAGACAUCACCCGGAGCAGGUGAGCGAGCAUCACUGAACAAGACCAUACAGUCGUACAAGAUAUAGCCUUGGGAAGACAGAGGCAGACCCUUGCAGCUCACCUUCUGUUGGACACCUUCUGUUCUGGUGUUGUCAACAGCUAGAACUGGAUAUGUAGGCCUACUUUCUUUUUAGCAAACCCCUUCUGAAGGUUUUGCAUACUACAAAAGCAGAGAAAAUAUUACCUAGCAUAGAAUUAUUGCAACGCCAUAUAUAUGUAAAUAAUACAUGCUGGGCUUAUUUCUUUUUUUGUAUAUGGAGACAAUUACUUAAAUACUUUGAAUAACACAUUGUGUGUUAUUGUUAUUGUGUUUUAUGGAAAGACAUGUGUUUCCAUCUAUAGUUUUCCACCUCUGGUAUUAAGUAACAUUUUAUAUAAAAUAUGUAAUGACAAAAUAUCAAUCUUUGCAUGAGAAACGGGAAAAAAAUAAUUUGUUAUUCAUAUUAAAACACAAGAACUACAAGACAAGAAUAUUUAAACCUCUAGGAUGACAAAAUCAGUUAGUUGUUGAUAUUGGUGAUAAAAAAAUGUGGUUCGUCUGUGAUUCUGUCUGCCCACACAAUCAGUUCUCUAACCUCGGGUGUAAAUUGGCAAGAGCAUCCAAGAAUGGGUUAGUUGGUGUCAUAUAGUUAUGGCUUAAUUUGUGGUAAAUGAGUAUUUUUCUGUAUGCUGACUGCUGUUGGCUAGUCACUUCACCGUCUCCCCUCUGUUCUGCAAAGCCACUGGCAGGGCGUCUUUGAGCUGUCACUAUCAGCAGCCUUCGCAUGGCUGUGGAGUGGCGUUGCAAAGACAAGAAAAAGGAAUGGAAUAGCUUUCUGAUCUCUCUUUCAGGAGGAGUGUUACAUUUUCAUCCAGAUAAUGUGUUUGGUGAGGAUCGGGACAAAAUGGAUGAUAGCCCAAGCCCCAAAAGGCAGCGUCUCUCUCAGCAGUCCAUGUUGGACCUCAGCUCUGGCCCGCCCUCCACGCCCUCCUCCCCCAUGCGCCCCUGGGAGCUGCCUCACAGUCGCAGACCUCAUCCUCACUACAUGCCCGAGCGCUGCCACACGCCAGUCCGCAACCGCCGCAGCCCUCCUAUGAGGCGUCAGCGUGGUCGAAGGGAUCGCCUGACUCGACACCACCAUCACGGCCACAACAAUCACCAUCAUUACAACAAUAAUGGCCACCACCACCUGCACCCCCAUCAUGGCCCCUCCUCUGGGCAUCAAGAUGAGAACUACCGCCACCCAGCUGCUCCUCCAGGUUACCCUCCCUACAGCCAGCAGCCACCUCGAGGGCCCGGCCCAGAUGAACGGCCAGGGUACCAUCCUCCCAACCCUUCCCCCAGACCACUGCACCAGUCUCCCAACAUCUCCCCCAGACUGCUGCACCCCCACCCACAUCCACACCCAUCUCAACAGCAGAGCAGUGUGGUCCUGGACCUCCAUGAACAGGGAUCAGUCACAGGAUCAUAUCCGGUGUCUCCUCCGGGGGCGCCACCAGGCCUGCCGCCUCGGUCUGCCCCACAACAGAUCCCAGCCUGCUCCGUGGUCUUCAGCGGACAGCAUUACCCAGUCUGCAGUGUCCCUCCUCCUGUCCUUCAAACCUGUUCAGUGCAACAUUUACCCAUGCCCUACCCAUUCCCAUCUUUGCUGUCCAGUGACCCAACCUUCCUCCUCCCUCCUCCUCACCCUCACCUACCCCACCCUUCAGCUCAUUUGUCCCACCAUGCAACGCAUCUGCCCCAGCCAGGACAAUUUGGGCCAUACCCUACACAACAGGCUCGAUCUCCAUUACAGAGAAUAGAGAAUGAUGUGGAGUUGCUUGGAGAACAUUUAUCACUGGGGGCUGGUCUCCACUACCCUCCGGCCACACACCCAGCCCUGACGCCACACUCUACCCAGCUACACUUCCUGUCCCAUGACCCUCUUCCACAGGAGUUCUUUGGCGUGUCCUAUCCCAAUUUCAUACAACGGCGAAUCCCAGGUCGACGUUAUCGUUCUCAACAGCCACUGCCACCUUCGCCUUACCACCCCAGCCUUCUGCCUUACUUUCUUUCAAUGCUGCCAGUCCAGCCAACAGGCCCCGCAAUUAGCCUAGAGCUGGAUGUUGAUGAUGGAGAAGUGGAGAACUAUGAGGCCCUGUUGAACCUUGCAGAGCGCCUGGGAGAAGCUAAACUUCGUGGGCUGACCAAGGGAGACAUCGAACAGCUUCCUUCUUACCGGUUCAAUCCCAAUAACCAUCAGUCUGAACAAACACUGUGUGUGGUGUGCAUGAGUGACUUUGAGUCCCGCCAGUUGCUGCGAGUUCUGCCCUGCAGCCAUGAAUUUCAUGGAAAGUGUGUGGACAAGUGGCUGAGAGCUAACAGGACGUGUCCCAUUUGUCGAGCUGAUGCCUCAGAAGUACAGCGGGACUCAGAGUGACCACUAGAGGGAGCCAGACACUUGUCUUUGUCCUUCAGCACUGCCCGUUACUGAUCCUUCGACAUGAGUGCACAUUCACAUCACACUCAUUCAUUUUGUCCAGCACUUUUCUUUUUCAUUGUUACUUAUAUUUACUUAUGUAUUUGUCUGUAAAGGACACAUCUGAUUUGGUCAGAAUGGUCACAUUUUGUGUGUAAACUACCACCACUCUCCUCACUGUUAGCAGUGCUGUGUGCGCAUGUGCAUGCACACUACUGUGGAGCUCUGAAUGGACAUCCUCUGACACAGGGCUGUGGUACUGAUUGUAUGUGUGACUGUGUGUACGCAUGAGGUCAUGGUCAGGUUGUGAGGUGUUUUGGAGCAUGCCUGAGUUUGUUGUCGGAGUUUGUGCUCUGGCUUUACUUCCUGUUUGUAUGCACUGUAUGUCAGAUAUCGAGUGAAACUUUCCUUCAUUUUGCCAGUAAGGGUCCAUGUUGCCAUUAUUAUGAUUAAUUAUAGUUAUUAAUAUCAUUAGCAACAUUUAGUGAUGAAUGAUUGUUUUCCUAUACCUGACAGUUACCUCAUCAUUCCUGUUACGGUCCCUAUUCAUUUAACGUGCUUCACGCAACUAAUAAGCACAUUAUAUACUUUUCUUGUGGGUUCUUAGCAAAACUAAUUUUGUCUGUGUUUUUUGCAGUGGCACAUGUGUUACAUGUAUACAAUAUCUAUUAAUAUACUGUUAAAAAUCUAUGAUCUGUAUACCAAAUAAAAGGCUUGUUAAGAACUUU